UACAUAUAAACAUACAUACCUAUCUACAUACAUACAUGUUUAUGUUGUAUAUAAACAUGCUCGUGUUUUUAUAUAAGCUGUCAAAGGCAGAGAAGGAACUGACGUUUAAACAUGAACAACUUUAGAUGUAUUUUAAUAGUUUUGGUACUAGUGAAAUCAGUAUUUUGUUCCGAAGAAGAUAUUUUGAAGCAUAUCAACUGCAAGAACCAGAUGUAUAAUCGAUCAUCUACAGGUUGUUGUAUUAGCGCAACUGGUGAAGAAAGUGUAUACAAAAGGUCACAGGAAUUCUGCUGUGGCAACAAAGUUUACCCCAAACAGGAAUCUUUCAGAUGUUGUACCCAUGAGGAGAGGGAGAAAUCUAAAAGAUACAAAAUUCGAAAGGAAAUAUGCUGUAAUGGGCAAGUGCUUACCAGACUAGACAAAACAAACACUGUCUGUUGUGGAAAUGCUGCUUAUAAUCAAAACAGUCACAAGUGUAUUGGAAAUUCAAUCCUUCUAAUUAAUGAAGGUCUUUGCAAUGGUAACAAAUAUAAUUUGCAUGAGAAUCAUUGUUGUAAUGGUGAAUUAACUGGACAAAGAAAGAAAAUUGGUACUGAAUGUUGUGGUCAUAAACUUAUGAUAACUAAUUCUCAAAUAUGCUGUGAUGGUGAAAUAAAAUUUCCUGACAACGAUACACAAUGCUGUGGAAAGAAAGUGAUUAAAAAUAGUAUGUCAUGCUGUAAUGGUAGUGAAUAUAAUCCAGCAUUACAUGGAUGUAAGGAUGGUAAAAUUACAAGUUCCAGUUUCAGUAAAUGCUUUUUAAUCCCAUAUAAUUCCAAAACACAAGUAUGUUGCAAGUAUAGCAUUAUAAAUAAGACAGAAGAUAAUCAAGAUUCUUGUUGUCAAGGUAGUUCUCGAACAAAAAUUCCAUAUGAUUCCGAAACACAGAAAUGCACAGAUAAGGGUAACAUCCGAAAUAAAGAUGAUUGUGAUUAUGAUAAAGAUCCAAAGAAAUUUACUUGCUGUCAGGGUUUACUGUAUAAUAAACCAAGUAAUGAAUCAAUGUGCUGUGGAAAUAUACAAAAACAGAAACCAGCUGAAGGCAUUCCAGAUGAUUGCCAAGCUUCACUUUGUGACAAUAAAAUGUAUAAUGGCAUACACAACAUUUGUUGCAAUGGUACACUAAUUAGUAGAACAAAAUACUACUGCAAGGAUGGAAAACAAUUAAAACUGUUCAAUUUUAAAGAUGGUCUCUAUACAAAAAAUAUACAGAUUUGUGGACAAUAUGCUAUUAAACGUUCCAGAAUUGUUGGUUGCUGCAUUGGAAUGCCUUAUUUUAAAGACAAAAUCAAAUGCCCUUUAAAGUGGAGGGAUAAAAGAAGUGAACUGAAAUCAAGUGAUUAUCCUUUUUGGAAUAUAAUUCAUUGCAAGACUUUGAGUAUGACUGGAACUAUACUUCAUGUCAAGCCAAUUUCUCAGAAUAAAUUUACAAUUCAUUUUGAAAGUGAUCGUAAAAAUUAUGAAGUGAAGAUACAUAUCAGGAACUCAUCUAAAAAGCAUGAAUUAGUGACAAACAAUGGGAAUAAAAAAAUUUAUGUAUUCUAUGAAAAGAUAUCAGGAAAUAAGAUUAUCCUUGGUACUUUUGGAGCAAUUUCUUUUGUUAAAAAUCAUUCUAUAAAGAAAAUAAACAAGACAAAGUGCCAAUAUUUUGAAAACUACAGAAAAGAAAUGAAUAUAUAAAGAAAAAGUAAUAAAGAUUUAAAUCUCCUAUCUGUUUCUUAAAUGCUCGCAUUUCCAAAUGAAAAGAUAUAAAAACAAAAAGUUAAGGUUGUAAAAUCAAAAUCUUUUACCAAAACAUUAAUAUAUUUUUUUAUAUUUUAUAAAGAUAACUGAAAAUAUGAAAAUUUAGCAAAACAAUCAAAAAAUAUUUUGAAACUGCUAUUUUUGUUCCAACUGCUUAUACCAUGUAUGAAGCUUAGAAUAUUUAUGUACUAGUGGGACCAAUGGAAAUUUUAUGGAACAAAAAAGGUUUAAGAGAAGCUAUUUAAGAAAGAAAGAACAAUAUGCAUUUUUAUUUUUAUUUUGCUAAGUUAUUUCACUUCCAGUCACAAUAAUAUGAUUUUAAAAUUUCCCUCCGCUUAGCACUUUAUAUUUCUCUCUUUCUCUCUACUUCCUCAACAAACUUUUUAACUAUGGAAUUCCCCUCUUCAUGUCUUUAACAUUUCUCUCUUUCUCUUCACGAGUGACAGCAUAAUGCAUCGGCUGGCUAUCUGCUCUCUCACUCGUUCUUACAUUCCCUCUUCCUCUCUCUCACUCCACCUCCUCCUCUCUAACAAACUAAAGCAUAAAGUGUUAAUGAACAGGUAGAAGAAUAAUAUUAUACAUUUAGUUCAUUAAAAAAAGAUGCUUUUCACUAUCAACCACCACCACCACCACCACCAUCAUCACCAUCACUAUAGUUUUCAGUACCAAAGCUCACUUCACUUCAGUUCAGUUCAGCUGUUUGUUUAUAUCUACUUUUUCUUGCUGUUGCUGUGUCUCUACUCUGACAAUACGAUCGUUCUCUGCUCCUCUCUCUCAAUAUAACUGCCUGUCCUGCUCAUCUAUCUACAUUUCUUUUUUCACCAUCUUUUUCUCUCGCUCUUCACCUCUCCCUUCAACUAACCAUGUGAUUGUAUUUGGCCUUAGUGUAUUAUUAUACUCCUCUCUUCUUUCUUCUCUACUCGCAUUCCUUCCCCCCUCUCUCUCUCACUUUUAUUCCACCUCUCACUCAUUCCAUCUCCCUAACUAACUAAAGUAUAACAGGCAAACGAACAAGCAUAUUAUUAUAUAGAUGUCUGGAAUUUCAACCAUUUUGCUGUUAUUGCCCAUCUGUAUAUGAAAAGUUUUUUUAAAUUGCUGACUUUUACAAAACAAUAACUGUGUUCUUUCAGUACUGAUAUGUUUAUUGGAUGCUAUAUUAUGUACAUUCAUGUUAUAUUUCAUUUAAUUUUUAUUAUAUUAAUUCACUUUCAUUAUUGAACUUGUCCAGUUUAAUUUUGUUCAGUUUUAAAUAAUUUGUUCAGUAUAUGUGGCAGAAAGUUUCUAUGGUGACAAAUGAACAUGUACUCCUUCUUUGAUCUAAUAUUUUUCUAUAAGACAUUAUUAUGUAAUUAAGUAAUUUAUCUAAUACUAUAUGUUGGUAUUUUUUUCUUUUCUAACCUACAAGUUGACAAAAAAUAAACCUAUUUCACAAAUUA